AUGCCCAAAGGCAAUCAUCAGCCUAGCCCUAGCACGCUGCAAAGGUGGCGAAUCGACCGUUUCGUUAGAGCCUUCCAGCUGUUCGCCAGUGCUUUGAUCGGUUUAUCUGCGCCUUUACAGACCUUUGCUUUUGGGAACCUUGGUGCCAACAAAGCGUUUGGCAGUAGUGCCCUGCGACUUCUCGAAUCUCAAGCGUCUUCGAUCCGCGAGAUGAACAUGACGAGCAGCAUCGCCUCCCGCGAGGGCCAACCGGUCGUCGCCAUCAACCCCACAAACCCCGACAAUAUUGUUUUCGUCUCGACACGCUUCCAUCCUCUGCCCGAACUUGAGCCUGUGGGGAGCUGCUUCCUGACCUACACGCUCGACCGCGGAAUCACCUGGAACAACGUCACAGCGAAUUACCCCUUAGGGACCGCUCCAAAGUGCGGCGAACCACAGGUCUUUGCCGACGCCAAUGGAACGUUCUACCUCCUGAACAAUCAAGUUCUCUCCGGCUUAGAAGACAACAUGGCCGCCCAUCCCCAACUAUCAAAGUCUGUCGAUGGAGGCAAGACGUGGGGCGUCCCAUCUGUGACGCCGCUUUAUAUGCAAGGUGCGACAAAGCUGCGGGUUGAUGUGGCUACGGGAAAGGUGUACGCAAACGGUGCGUCGUCUUGGGAGUAUCCAGCAGCUGUGUCUGUCAGCUCUAACGGUGGCGAGACCUGGGCCGCCUUCAACCAAAUCCCCGGUCCCGUCGACGUUUGCCUAGACUAUCAGAUUCCUGACCUACCUCCCAUCUGUGGAUUUCCCGGCAGAUCGAUUGCAGUACACGAUGGAAUUCUGGCUUCGGCUGCGGAGGGCUCAAAUGGCCACCCAGAGAUGUACGUGAGCCGUGAUGAGUGCGUUACGUGGACGACGUUUCCCUUGACUGAUAGCCGAGGGAAUCUUGUGGCGAAUGGCACCGGCCCGAUGCUGGCUGUCUCUGGCAUUGGUCUCCCCAGUGACCCGACGCCAUGGGUGUCCGCCGACCCUACUGCAACGGGUCGUUUCGCGCUCAUGGUCCCCCGCGACCUCACGCUAGAGAUUUAUAUCACGGAUAACGCGGGUCAAAACUUCACUGGUCCGGCUGUCAUCCAAACUCCUGACGCUGACGUCUUGCGUUCGACUUCGGCCCAAAUGGCCUACUUGGCGUGA